AGUGAUGUUGGGACUCAUCAGCGUUGACACUCAGCGAUCACAAACACUCAUCAGCUGCUCAGCUGAGAGCGACGCUGACCCACUUUACCGUCCGCAGGAACCAAAGCGGGGACCAGGCCGGGACAGUUUGCCUGCCGCCGGGAAUCCCACCUCCCUGCCCGGGCUGAGAUAUGGUCGAUGCUCCGGACGACUUCCUGCGAGAUGUCAGCAUCUGUUAGCCACAAGGUGUCUUAACGCGGGUGAUCCCGGAUUACACAGAAGUUUCUUCAGAGCUGCUGAGGCUCCUGCGGCGGCCAUGCUGGACCUCUUCCUCAGAGUGUUGGUGUUGACUCGUCUUCACCCCUCACCUCACAGCUCCUCGCUGCCCACCUAACUCCCCUCUUCCUUUUCCCUCAAGCAUCUCUUCUUCCACCACUUGGAGACAGCAGGUUCUGGGUCCUCGUGGAAAAUGCCCUAUGCAGAUCCCAAACUGCUUACCUGGAGCUUACCUCACCUGCUGCAGCUGCUGUUGACCUACCUCUGGCUCUUGGCUCCACCCCCAGGUGUGACAGCAGAUCUGUGCCAUGUCACUGGUGGCAUGUUGGGGAUCCACUGGAGUAGCACCGUCACUUUGGGCUGGUACCCUCGGGCGAUCGGCUGGGGCGGGGCUACAUGCUGGGAGCGGUGCUGCUUGGAUCCGAGCUGCAGUGCGGUGUGGAGCCUUGGCGGCCGCUGUGUGCUCCUCAGCUGCUCCCGGAAGGACGGCUGUCCCGUUAGUUUUCUACCCCAGCCUCAUGAAGAGUCUCUAGGCCUCCUGCAGCUGACCUCCAAGGUUGUCGUCACAAGAAAGCGCAGAAGUCUUCGGGCAUCACACUCUGGACACCCCAGAAGAUACACGAAAAGCCCCAAACUAGAAACGACACCUUCCCUUCCUCCACCUCCCAGCACCAUCGCUCUUCUCCAGACAGCCCAGAAGAACCUCAGCCAGUCGGAUGAUGAGAGUUCAGCCACUUUAAUAAAGCAGAACUCGACGGUGAACGGCACCAGCGAUCUCGUUGCAUCUUCCAAUAGCAGUGACCCCACCGCAGACACCACCCCGCCUCCACGUCAAACCGUGAAGGAACUGGUGGUGUCAGCAGGAGAGAGCGUUGAGGUCACUCUGCCCCGCAAUGAGGUGGAGCUAAAUGCCUUUGUGCUGCCAACACCUCCACCAGGGACAAACUAUGCAUUUGACUGGAGACUGAUUACUCAUCCCAAAGACUACAGUGGAGAGAUGGAAGGCAAGAAGAGCAAAACAUUAAAGCUCAGCCAGUUGACUGUGGGACUGUAUGAGUUUGGCGUGACGGUGGACGGGGAGGACGCCCACGGAGAGGGCUUUGUCAACGUCACUGUCAAACCAGAGCCGCGAGUAAACAAGCCCCCGGUUGCCGUGGUUUCCCCCAAGUUCCAAGAAAUCUCCCUGCCGACCAGCUCCACAGUGAUCGAUGGCAGCCAGAGCACAGAUGAUGACAAGGUGGUGGCCUGGCACUGGGAGGAGGUCAAAGGCCCGCUAAGAGAGGAAAAGGUCUUAGCUGACACCAAGAUCCUCACCCUGACCAACCUGGUACCUGGAAACUACACGUUCAGUUUGACAGUGACAGACACUGAUGGAGCCACAAACUCCACCCAGGCCACCCUCUCCGUCAACAAAGCCAAGGACUACCGACCCAUAUCCAACGCCGGCCCCAACCAGGUCAUCCAGCUGCCGCGCAACUCCAUCACUCUGUACGGCAACCAGAGCACCGACGACCACGACUCUCUGUCCUACGAGUGGUCGCUCAGCCCGGAGAGCAAGGACAAGGUGGUGGAGAUGCAGGGGGUCAGGACUCCAAUCCUGCAGCUGUCGGCCAUGCAGGAGGGGGACUACACCUUCCAGCUGACGGUGACGGACUCGUCGGGACAGCAGGAUACUUCGCACGUCACCGUCAUUGUGCAGCCAGAGAACAACAAAGCCCCGGUGGCCAAUGCCGGGCCGGAAAAGGAGUUGACGCUCCCUGUGGACAGAACCACACUAGACGGCAGCAAAAGCAGCGACGACCAGAGGAUUGCCACCUACCGCUGGACGAAGACCAGUGGCCCUGAUGGUGUAAAGAUCGAGAACGCAGACAGUGCCAUUGCCACGGUAACGGGUCUGGAGGUCGGCACGUACACGUUCAUGCUGACAGUGACGGAUGACCGGAACCUGGAGAACAGCGACACAGUGACGGUCAUUGUUAGAGAAGAGAAGGACCAGCCACCCGUGGCCCGUGUCAUUUCCAGUCCUCCAAUCUCUCUUCCCGUCCGGACUGCCUCUCUGGACGGGUCGCAUUCCACUGAUGACGAAGGGGGCUUAUCGUACCUGUGGACCCGAGACGACAGCAGCCCCGCGGCAGGGGAGGUCCUGAACAACUCUGACCACCAGGCGGUGCUGUUCCUGGGAAACCUGGUGGAGGGGAAGUACAGGUUCAAGCUGACCGUGACUGACAGCAAAGGACAGAGCAGCUCUGACAGUGGAACCGUGGAGGUCAAAGCAGACCCGUGGGAGAAGGAUCUGGUGGAGCUGGUGCUGGAGGUUCCGGUGAGCCAGGUCUUCCAGCGCCAGCGUGACCUGCUGCUCAGGCAGGUGGAGGUUCUCCUGGGCGUGCUCGAUGGCGACAUCAUCGUCCGAGAGAUCACAGCCUUCAACGAGCACAGCACCCGGCUGGUCUUCCUGGUUUCAGCAGGGCCGGGUCGCCCCCCUCUGUCUGGACGCAGCGUCGCACUCGGACUGCGUAACAAACUGCGCAAGCAGAAGAACGACUUCCUGAUCUUCAAAGCGCGGCGCGUUGACACCAUAGUCUGCCAGCUGAACUGCUCCGGCCACGGCGAGUGCGACCCGUUCAGCCGGCGCUGCGUUUGUCACCCCUUCUGGAUGGAGAACUUCUUCCGAGUUCAGCUGGAAGACGCUGAGAGCAACUGUGAGUGGAGCGUGCUCUAUGUGACCAUUGCAUCCUUCAUGAUUGUGGUUGCCACGGCGACGCUGAUCUGGGCCGUGUUUUGCUGCUGCCGCAGGCGGAAGAGCAGAGUCCGACGAAGCAAAAGCCGAUACAAGAUCCUGGAAGCUGAGGAACGGGACAGCCUGGAACUGCAGCCACCCCGACCCGCCCGCCUGAAACCCGUCCCCGCUCCCACCUCUUCCGCCCUCAUGCGCUCCGACUCAGACUUGGACAGCGAGGACGCGCAGGGCGGUGACCCGUGGACCGAGCAGGAGCGAGGGAAGCUGCUGCGGCCCCAGAACGGCUCCCUGAGGAACGGCCAGGGCCCCCCCAGACACAAGAAGCGGAGGGAAGAGCUGCUUUAGCACCUCAUCUCUGGACCCGUCAAAGACGGCUUCUUCUGGCGGCAAUUUUAAACUACAGCCACCUAGCAUGCUCACAACCUGAAAGCAGCCAAUCACUGCCACUGGCCAUUCUGACGGGUUAGCCCGACCCUCGGGAGCAGACUGACACAAGAUUGUGUGUGUCUUUGCGUUGUUGAGAGCUGCUGUGCUUUUAUUCUGAAAGCCUGAGGAAAGAAGGAAGAGCUGCUUUGUCUGCAGCCUCCGCGGUUUGGCUGGACUCUGACAGUGUUUGGUUUGUCGGUUUAAUGUUCUUCUGCAUGACCAAAGUUCAACAGAGACCAACUUUUAAUCUGAGUUUUGUUUUGUUUUUUAAAUUUCAGUCGCUCCUUUGUUGUCAUUUGUCGUUUCAUUAAAGGAAAAUUUAACUUUUAUUUUGAAAUUUAACAUUCAAACAAAGGAAAACAUUUGAAGAUCUCUGAUUUUAGUUCUUUUUUUUUUUUUCUUAAGCCGUUUUUCUUUAACCCGCAGAAGCUCAGAACCUUUCCUCACUUUCAGGGUUCCAGCAUGUUUGUGCGUGGAGACCUGACGGCAGCGGCCCUGCUUCCUGUCGGAGGGAAAGCUGCUUCCUGUGCGCGUUUCCCAGCAGAAGCUUGUUUCUGUUGCCCACUCGCACGCAGAAUGUGAAGCCAAUCCGCUGAUGAAUGUUGUUAGUUCUUCCUGCUCACGUCUGAUUUUAUUUAUUUCCGCUUCAUGUGUGAUUCCGAGCUGCAAACUUGGGAAUGUAGGUGGGAGGAAAAAAAUAAUUUCACGUUUGUCUGUUUCACUGAAGUUCUGUAAUGUUGGUUAUGUUGCUGUUCGGGACGUGAACUGACUUCACUGUGAAGACGAGGACAAACUACUGAGUCCUGGAUCAGUUUUUAUUGAAGGACUGUUACCUGAUCUGACCUGGAGCCACUUGAUCAUCUGUACAUUCAAAUAAAAGUGUUUUGGUUUUUGAC